AAACGCAGUGAGCGCCGGGGAUAGGAGAAGACUACGAGCCCUGCAUUGUAUCUCAACUCCGGCACUCAUCACUUCACUUCUCUUCCAGCAUGAACGGCCACUGCAACGUUAAUGUCAACGACACCGUGGAGAAGUUCCACUGCAACAACGGAUUCAGCGACCUCAGCAUAGACACCAAGAAGUCCGAGCGCGAUACGUCCCGCAAAGAGGAUGAGGACAAGUCAUGUUUAGACCUACAUGUGCUCGAGGCUGCCUACACCAGCAUCCUCCGGGAGCUCGGCGAGGACACGGACCGGCAGGGGCUGCUGCGCACGCCGCUGCGCGCAGCCAAGGCAAUGCAGUUCCUCACCAAGGGCUACCACGAGACCAUGAGCGACAUCUUAAACGACGCAAUAUUUGAUGAAGACCACAACGAGAUGGUAAUUGUGAAGAACAUAGACAUGUUUUCACUCUGUGAACAUCACCUAGUGCCCUUUUUUGGUAAGGUUCACAUUGGGUAUAUUCCCAACAAAAACGUGGUGGGACUGAGCAAGCUGGCAAGGAUUGUGGAGCUCUUCAGUCGGAGACUCCAAGUUCAAGAGCGUCUGACCAAGCAGAUCGCCAUGGGAAUAUCAGAGGCUCUGCGGCCAAAAGGUGUAGCUGUGGUUAUUGAAGCAACGCACAUGUGUAUGGUCAUGCGCGGUGUCCAGAAGAUAAACAGCCGCACUGUGACAAGCACCAUGUUGGGUGUUUACCUGGAGGACCCCAAAACCAGGGAGGAGUUCCUGACUCUUUCACAGAAACCCUAACAAAUGUCAUUCACUCCAGGGCCUCUGUAUACAGUAGCACACAUAAAGCUUUAGAUAAACAGUAGAUCCAUAUCUGACUUUUAGGAAAUCAUACAAACCAGAAAACACAAAGCUGCUUUGAUGCAAGAUCCAAGCAAAGCCUCGAUACACUGACACCUGACUGUGAACAUAAUAGGAAAAAGAAGACGUGCCUUUGUUAGAUAUUUUACAUCUUAGGUCUCACAUUGGAAAUAAUGAUGUUAUAAAGUAUGAAACCUGAUUUUGUAACAUGUUAAUUUAAGAUUAUACUUUUUUUUUUGAAUGGGAAUUUAAUUGCUGAUUUUGCAAAGUGGUACUCCUACACCUUUCCUUGCUUUAUCAUCAUAAUAAGAAUUUACUGAUCUGAAUAAUAUAAUGAACUAUGUGUCAUUCAUAAAUACAUUUAUAAAGUCUUUGUAAUAUUUGACAUUUCUAAGAUACAAAUUUAAAUAUGUAGCCCAAAGAGUAUAAUAAAUUAUGUACUGAAAAGAUUUGGUUUUAUCAAUGACCGCUGUAGCAUGUAUUUUAAAGAUUCUUUGCCUAAACAAAACGAUAGAAACAUGAAAGUUGUCAGUCUUUGUCACUAAGAGCUCACAGCCGAGGCAAUCUUUCAGCGUUACGUUUGUUUCAUUAAUGACAUUAUAAAAGACACUGACUGUGUCUCAGUUAUAUACUACAAACUAAUUCUAAUAGAUUUUGAGUAUUGUGUAUAUAGUGUAUUCACACUGGAAAAGAGAGAAAAUUAGUAUACCUAAACAAUGCUAGGAGAAUUGUUAAACUGUACCGCACACGGCGGUGCUUUGAGCUAUUUGCCAACGUCUGAUAUUUAAACUAAAUUAAUAUUCAGCAUACACAGUACAGUUGAGGCGAAUGGGAAUGUAUGUAUACAAACUUCAGAAACAAAUGUACUAUACUGUAUAUACAGUAUAGUACAUUAUGUAUACUAUUAAUAUGUAUGGACUUGGGACACGGCUAUUGAGUUAAUACUCGACAUUAGCUUUGCAUCAGUAUUGGACAUCAAAAGUGUUGGUCAAAUUAAAUACAUUUUAAUCAAUUUUAUAUAUUUAUUAUUUUUAUUCCAUGACUAAAAUGUGCUGGUCAAUGAGUAGCUUGCAUUGCAUAUUCUGCAAUUAAUUAACUAAAAGCUAUAAAAAUGCAAGGCAAAUAGAUGUUCACACACUCAUUAUAGGUUGCACAUGAAGCUUGCUCAGUCAAUAGGAUAAAUAGAUAGGAUUCGGGCUAGACUAUUAGGCUAGAGUGAAGACCCUUAAAAGUGCUUUAGUUUCUAAGAUACCCCUAAGAGGUAGAACAAAGCAUAACAAUGUAUUAAUAUUCAUGAUUCAAAGUGACACACCAUAAAAAAAGCAGACGAAGGCCAGGCCAUAUGGGAGAUGAUACAUGUAGACUAAAGUCAUUUCAACCCAAGCUCUGAUUGAUCCUAAAUGUGGUGCGACAGUGGGCCGGGGGUUUAUCUACAUGUGUGAAAAAAAUGGAAUGUGUUGGACGCCUGGACGCGGCGGCUGUGGGUUCGACUCUAACCGGUGGCCCUUUGCUGCGUGUCAUUCCCCUCUCUCUCCCCUUUCAUGUCUUCAGCUGUCCUGUAAAUGAGGGCCUAAAAUGCCCGAGAAAUAAUAAAACAAAAACAAAAAAACAGAAGGUGAAUAUCUUGAUGCUUGUAGAAAAUGCAGUACUAAAAGCACAUGAGUACAUUCUGAAAUGAGAGAGUCUGCAAAAUGAGUACUAUUACUUCUGAUUUUAAUUUAUAUUUUGGUGCUCAGUUUUGUAUUUUUAGGUACAUUUUUGAAAGCAUGACUUUUACUUGUAACAGAGUACUUCCACACUGUGGUAUUGGUAGCCUACUUUUAAUUUUGUAAAAGAUAAUCCUGUAUUUCCAGCAGUAUGUAGUACAUUUUGAGUUCAUAUUGAGCCUCCUCUGCCUGCAGAGGAACUAAUUACUUUUUAGAUGAAGACACAAAAAUAUGAUGAAUAUAAUGAUUAUGAUAAAAUUAUUCUUGAAUGCAUCAAUAAUACUGAUCCAAUAAUAUGAAACAGGUGUCUGUGUAUGUUUACCGUGUAUUGCAUUUAACACUU